AUGCCACCGCGGCCAAAGGAAAAUGCCUGGAACUAUCCCAGACCCCCCGCUCUCCAGCCUACAUCGGCUAGACUGAGGGUCAUAUGGGUCACUCCUUCCAAGCAAGAGCUCGUCAUUGCAGAGACCACGCAAGGUUAUCGUGUUCUCGAGACCUCUCAUCCUCCCACUUACUACUUCCCUCCCAGCAGUGUCAAGAUGGACCUGAUCAAGCCUUCUAAACCUCGCCGCACCAUGUGCGAAUGGAAGGGUAUGGCAGCCUACCACGAUCUGCAAUUCAGCAAGGAUCAGGGACCUGUGGUCAUCGGACGCAUUUGGUCCUAUCCUCAGCCUACCCCCGGCUUUGCUUCCAUCAAGGACUAUCUCUGCUUCUAUGCUUCAAGCAAGACCGAUUCCGAGCGUCUCGGACACUGGAAAUGCAUGGUCGACGACGAUGAGGUCAAAGCCCAGGAUGGCGACUUUUACGGCUCGUGGAUCACACCUGAGAUCACCGGAGGCGACCGAGGUUUCAAAGGAGCUCCAUCAGAGGCAAGCACGAGUGCUACAGAGCAGGAUCCGAUGGCCGCCUAUAAGGGCCUCACCUUUGCAGAGACAUUGGAAGAUUUGAGCAGCCGCUUCAUCGUCAAUCUCCCAUCAGAUGAACUGUCGAGUAUCGAGCGUAUCUGCUUCCAAGUCGAACAAGCGCACUGGUUCUACGAGGACUUCCUCCGACCACUUAACCCAUCGCUUCCAUCGCAUGGGCUCCGACGUUUCUCUUCUUACUUGCUGCAUACGGCAUCCAUGAUCGUGCCCCUCAUUCAAAGGUACAUCACUGGCGGUAGUGGGCAGCAAGACCUUGAGGCUGCCUUCGACGAGUUCCUCAAGUACAAGACGCGCGUGCCCGUUUGCGGUGCUAUCUUGCUGUCCGAGGGCUGGAAUAAGUGUUUGCUAGUCAAAGGCUGGAAGUCGUCGGCUGCCUGGGGCUUCCCGAAAGGCAAGAUCAACCAGAACGAGCCUGAGCGCGACUGCGCCAUUCGUGAGGUGCUCGAAGAAACAGGAUACGACUGCAGCUCAUUGUUGCCGGAAGACAGCAAGGACUAUCUCGAUCUCACAAUGCGAGAACAGCGCAUCCGUCUCUACAUCGUGCCCGGCGUCAAAGAAAGCACCAAGUUCGAGACACUGACACGCAAAGAGAUCUCGAAGAUUGCCUGGUUCAGGCUCAGCGACCUGCCGACGUGGAAGAAGUCCAAGGAUCCGCCUGCUGGUAUGGGUGGCAAAUUCUAUCUAAUCUCGCCGUUUAUCGGUCGCUUGAAGCAGUGGAUCCACACCAACAAAGCAUCGCAUCCCAAUCGUCCAGCGGAUAGGUCAGAGCCCAUCAUAGAUUCCGGUCAUGCUACAUCUUCGCCUGCUCCCUCUACAGCCAAGACCGCACAACCUCCAGCCGUGCCUUCCUUUGUCGACACGACAUCCCUGUUCCCGUCCUUCUCGGGUCAGGACAAGUCAACGCAGUCCAAAUCUGCGCCUUUACCGGCACCGCCAACGAGCGACAAACUCAAGGCGCUUCUGGGCUUGUCGUCUCCAACUCGAGAGCCUGCUCGUGCCGCCGGACAGAUUGGAUCAGGUGGGCAAGGCCCCGCGAAUGCGCUCGACCAGAUGUUCCCCGGUGUUGGUGCGCAGAUGAUCCAGGCAUCAGGCGAUGAGCGUGGUCAGCAGCUUCUGUCGCAGCUUAUGAACCCGAAUGCAGGUCCACAAGGUCAGGUCGCCGGAACGUCAAAUCCUGCCGAAGCACAAGACAGAGCCGCACGUUUGCUGGCAGCCCUCAACCGUCCAUCUCAAGCAGGCGAGUCGACUUCAACACAGCCGGCAUCACACGAAGCUCCUGGGCAGCAUCCGCUCCUCAGCAAGCUCAACGAUCCGUCUCGAAGCCAGUCGCCCCUCCCUGCUCCGAUUCCUCAAAAGUCGGGACAGGCCCAAAAGCUGCUGCAGAUGAUCAGCGGAAUGGGUCACGACCGAAGCAUAUCACAGAGCAGCUUCGCUUCCUUCGAUGGUAGUCCGGCACCUUCUCAUGGUGCCGCGCAUCAAGAUGGACUCACAGCUCAAGAGCCACAGGCGGAUGCACUUCUGCGCAUGCUACAGCCUUUAUCGCCUCUCAAUGGGAAUGGUUCGCAAUCGCCUCCAUCACAGGCAGAUCCCAAGAACGAUUUGCUUUCCAUUCUGACGGGCGGCCUACCUCAGUCGAACCAACCGAACGAAAAUCAGCCAUCGCAGCCUCGACCGAACCAAGGUUAUGGCCAUCCUAUGGGACCAGGCUACGGGCCGAAUCCUUUCGCCUUCCCGCCUCCUCCACCUCACAUGAUGCCUGGCGGAAUGAUGCACCAUGGUAGACCCGGACCGCAUCCUUUCCCCAUGGGACCCAUGCCUUCUGGACCAGGGUCUGGACCACCGCAAGGUCCACCCAACGGCUGGGGGUACAUGCCUCCCCGGCCCAACUUUGCACCUUACUCUACCGGCCCUGCCUCUUGA